UUAAUUGUAGUUAAUUGGGCUUAAUUGUGGUUAAUUGUGACUUAUCAGCACUUAAUUGUAGUUAAUUGGGCUUAAUUGUGGUUAAUUGUGACUUAUCAGCACUUAAUUGUAGUUAAUUGGGCUUAAUUGUGGUUAAUUGUGACUUAUCAGCACUUAAUUGUAGUUAAUUGGGCUUAAUUGUGGUUAAUUGUGACCUAUCAGCACUUAAUUGUAGUUAAUUGGGCUUAAUUGGGCUUAAUUGUGACCUAUCAGCACUUAAUUGUAGUUAAUUGGGCUUAAUUGUGGUUAAUUGUGACUUAUCAGCACUUAAUUGUAGUUAAUUGGGCUUAAUUGUGGUUAAUUGUGACUUAUCAGCACUUAAUUGUAGUUAAUUGGGCUUAAUUGUGGUUAAUUGUGACUUAUCAGCACUUAAUUGUAGUUAAUUGGGCUUAAUUGUGGUUAAUUGUGACUUAUCAGCACUUAAUUGUAGUUAAUUGGGCUUAAUUGUGGUUAAUUGGGCUUAAUUGUGGUUAAUUGUGACUUAUCAGCACUUAAUUGUAGUUAAUUGGGCUUAAUUGUGGUUAAUUGUGACCUAUCAGCAUUUAAUUGUAGUUAAUUGGGCUUAAUUGUGACCUAUCAGCACUUAAUUGUAGUUAAUUGGGCUUAAUUGUGGUUAAUUGUGACCUAUCAGCACUUAAUUGUAGUUAAUUGGGCUUAAUUGUGGUUAAUUGUGACCUAUCAGCACUUAAUUGUAGUUAAUUGGGCUUAAUUGUGGUUAAUUGUAAUCGUAUAAUACUAAUUAUAUGUUAAAUACACUUAAUCAUUAUUUCCCUAUUCAAUUUCAGCGCAAUUACUAUAUUAUUACCUUUGUCCAUAUAUAGAUGGCGACAGUUUCAUAUUCUCUUUAGAAUAAUUUUUGUUCUCUUCCGCCAUUUUAGUUGUUAUUGUUACUAAUAAGCAAGAUUACAUUAGUUAAUUACUUUCAUUUAGUUAAUUGUUCCCUAUUAUUUCAUUAAUUCAUUAUGAAUUCAAUUGCUACGCAAACCCAAGUGCCGAUCAAUGAACUUCUCAGUGAAUUGAAUUUGGCAGUACCUCUUUCUGCAAAGAUUGGCAUUAUUUUCCGUGUUAUGGAAUCUUAUCCAACAUUGGAUGGUUCGGACAGAAUUUUGCUUAAGCAAAAUAUUAUGCUACAAAUAAAAAGACUCAUUGACGCUGGUAUCACCACCAAGAUGAUUGGAUUUCGCUCUAAAUUGAAUGAGUUGUUUGAUCAAAUUGACCAAAUAACGGCUCAAUUUGACGAGCUCAAGGAGAAAAAUCAAAAUCUGGAAGAGGAAAACGCAAUGUUGAAAGAAGCUCUCAAAAUUCAACAAGGCCCAGAGGGUGAAAAAGAAGUUAAAUUUAUAGAUUGGGCUCUUAGAAGACUCAACUAUAUCUAUGGAAUUAAAAGGGAAGAGUUCCCAGCCUCCUCAAGGUCCCUUUAAAAUUUAAUCAUUAUAAAAAAAUUCAUGUGAAAAUUUCAUCGUUUAAUCAAUUAAAACAGUUCAUUCCAUCGCAAUGUAUAUCUUCAUGUUUUUCAAAAACCGCGCGUAAAAAAUGUCUAGAAAAAAAUUCUGCAAAA